UAAUUACAGAAGCUCAAACAUUGUUAUUUUGUAUACUUCUUCAUGGGUACUUGUAUACAUUUGCUAAUCUUGUUGUGUUGUAAAUAGGGGAAAGAUGUUUACAUUGCUGACAUGUAUGUGGUUCCCACAUGGAAAACGAUGAAUGUGGACCCACUCUCAAGUUUACCGGUAAAGUGAAGUUAAACACACACACAGACAGACAGUUGCACAUUAAUGCAAUGAUUUCUGUACAAUGCACAGUAGUUGAAUGGUUGCAUUUUCUUUCUCUACACCAGAACAAUCUGUGUUCCAAGGAUGCGAUUUUGUUCCCUGCAUGGAGUAUGCAACAGAAUCAACUGGAUCACUAUUUGCUAUGUGUUGAGUUACAGUUUCAAAAAAUAGAUAUUCAGAUUUUUAGAAUGAAGUUUGUUGAUUAGCUUAUCAUUUUGAAAUAUGUCCAUUGCAGGUUUUACUGGUUGUGGAGAGAGAGAUCAUUUUUUUAGAUUUUGUACUCCCUGGUGGUUUUGGAGAUGACUCGUACAAAACGAUAUUUAGGUUAAGAGAGAGGAAAAAGUUGCCCUUGUUCAGUGGCUUUUACCAAUAAUAUUUUACGCAAGAGCCAUGUUCUGUGGCUGCUGAUUUACACAAAAGCCUUGUUCUAUGGCUGAUGAUUUACAAAAAGCCUUGUUCUAUGGCUGAUGAUUUACAAAAAGCCUUGUUCUAUGGCUGAAAAUUAACAAAAAGCCUUGUUCUAUGGCUGAUGAUUUACAAAAAGCCUUGUUCUAUGGCUGAAAAUUAACAAAAAGCCUUGUUCUAUGGCUGAUGAUUUACAAAAAGCCUUGUUCUAUGGCUGAGAAUUAACAAAAAGCCUUGUUCUAUGGCUAAUGAUUUACAAAAAGCCUUGUUCUAUGGCUGAUGAUUUACAAAAAGCCUUGUUCUAUGGCUGCUUAUUUAUAGCUUUGUUCUUUUGUUUUAUGUUUACGCAGAAGCCUUGUUCGAUGGCUGUAGGAUUAGGUCUCAUUUUAUGAAACAAGACCAUGGAGAACAAUUGUAUGACUAUAGGUUUCAGUAAGUGUGUGUCCAUAAUUAAUUUUUUUUCCAUUUUAUGUGCAGACAUAUUGCAGGCCAGAUUGACCCAAGACCCUGGACAGAGAAGACCGGCAGAAGUUUUGAUCACUUCCCUCAACAAACUUCUGGGAACUACUGUGGCAUCCUUAUACUCAUUCAUGCCCUCUGUAUCUGCACCAAUACCCCAUUUAUCUUCACAGAGAAUGAUGUGCCAUUAAUCCGCCAGUGGUGGUGCAUCCUACUGAUGGAAAGAUUUCAGAUUGAAGGACAUGGCCAGAGGUUUGCUUUCUGGACUGACAGGGCUAGCAGGCUAUUGCAAGGGACCCUUCAGCCACUUUUUAGGGUAUCUAGGUCAAUCACUUCAGACAUUCCACCUCAUGUGCAAACCAUGGUCAACCGCACAGCCCAAGAAAAGAAGCUGGUAGACUUUGCUGUACAAGACCAUGGAGUCCGGCAACAUUUGUUGGGUGUACUCUGUGGAAAAGAGCCUUCGAAGUGGCUCAGCAGAAUCCAGAAGGGAUCAUCUCUACGGGUGCCAGUGUACCUGGACUCGGAGGAAGAACAGGACUCCCUAUUUUUCUAUCUUCAGGAUGUCCUGAAAUCUGCACCAGUAGAAUUCCACAUUGAGGAUCAAGUGCAGUUCAUUUUGGAUGUUUUGUUCCCAGAGUGCAUCACCCAAGCCAUGUCUACACUACAGGGAAUAACUAUACAAGAGGCUGAAGAGUUGUUUCUUUCAGGUCCUAACUACAGCAGAAGGUAAAAACAGUUACCUGUGUUUGAAAUAUCUGUAUGAAUGUUUAUUUAUUGUGACUACCAUUUUAAUUGGGUGGGUGGUUGCGUGUUUGUGUCGGGGUACUUUGAGUUGGGGAGGGUGGGUUUUUGUGUU